UAUAUACGAUAUAUCAAACUGUAGUAGGAAUCAGCUUCGAGAUAGAAGAUCUGCUAGAUACUCUAAGAAGAAAAGAAAGAUGAUGGAUGCAGCCUCUAUUAAAGAGAGAUUUUUGACAACCGGUUGCUCGAGACUGGAUGCAAAACUCGGGGGUGGCGUACCUUGCAGGGGUAUCACGCAGCUUUAUGGUGCUGCCGGCACUGGAAAGACACAGUUGGCUCUGCAGUUGUGCCUCACCGUCCAACUGCCGAUAACCGCUGGCGGUCUCGGCGCUGGUGCCAUAUACAUUUGCACAGAAACUGCUUUUCCUUCAAAACGGUUGCAACAAUUGUUGAAGAAGUCAGAGAUAGCCAAAACUCAUUCUGUGAAUGGGGAUGUGAUACUUGUGGACCAUAUAGUUACUAUUGAAGAGUUGGUAUUGUGUCUACAACGCAAAGUUCCAGUACUGAUGAAUGCUCGUAAAAUAGGAUUGUUAAUUAUCGAUUCUAUAGCUGCCCCUUACAGAGUAGAGGAUUGGAAAGAUGAGCUACAAGGUAGAACUAAGAGGAUCAUCGGAAGGCAAUUACACGAACUUUGUAAAAAUGAUGAUUUGUGCGUGAUCUGCAUUAAUCAGGUUUCUACAGUUAUAGAUAGUCAUAGACUUAUUUCUGAAGAUGCGAAUGAGCAGCCAACUUUAGGAUUCACAUGGUCGAGUAUGAUAACCACCUCUAUAUAUUUCUACAGAAGACUAUCCUCGCGAUAUGCUUGCGUAAUGCUUGCUUCACAUUUGCCGAGGAUUACUUUUCAGUUUGAGGUGGAAGAAUCUGGUGUCAGGGCGGCUGACUAAAAUCUGUGUUGUA